AUAUAUAAGGUAUUCAAAUGCGUCACUAUAAUCGUGGCGUAUAUCUACUAUAUAAUUAGGAAAAAGCAACUGCAAUACAAACGCGUCUGCAUUUCGAUUUUCCAUAUAAAUUAGGCAGUCACAAGCCACUCAUUAUCUGGACAUUCACUGUCCAAACACUCACCACAUGGGUGCGCACCCUCGACUUUAAUUACCCAUAGGUUAUAUUCCAUUCCGUCUACCCAACUGAACUACCAACUACCGGGUUUCACUCUCUUCAGCUUAGGUGCACUUUACCUCCGACUUCAAGGCGAAGGUGACAGCGUUUUCCAAUUAGCCAAAUGGGGAUCACAGGGCGCCACGCCACUUGACACAUAUGCGAUCCGAUCCUCUGGUCCACGAAAAGUGACAGAACUCGGGUUCUAAUUUCUUCUAAGAUGGGCAAGCCUAAUUUUUUACUCCGCAGGUCAGCUGGAAUUAUCAUACUUUAAUGGGCCAUGUUCAAUUGGACGGGGGAUCUUCUCCAGCUUUGGCGGGUAAGUAAAAGUUUACGAUGCGAUAUUUACGACCCUGUCUGUCUAGGUGAGAAAUUGGUUUUUGCGAUCAGCUUCGGGUAUAAAUACCGGAGAAAAGCACUGAGCACCUCUCAUUCAAGCAUCAGUCGUGUCUGAAUCGGAGGUGGGAUAAGUAAUUACGGAUUUCCUGUUUAUUUUCGCGAAAAGGGUCCAUAUCAAAACCAAUAUAUGGCGAAAAUGGCAACGGAAAUGCAAAAAUUUUACAAAGACAAAGUGGUAUUUUUAACAGGCGGCAGUGGAUUCCUGGGAAAAGUGACCAUUGAGAAGCUGCUCCGCACCACGGAGGUAAAGCGAAUCUAUGUGCUGCUCCGCUCCAAACGUGGCCAGGAGAUGAAGGAACGAUGCGAGGCCUGGGAAAUGGACCCGGUCUUUGAUAAUCUUAUGAAAGUGGAUCCCGAUGUAUUGAACCGAGUGGUGCCUUUAGGCGGCGACUGCCAGGAGCCGGAUCUUGGCCUGAACACCGAUCGCCAGGUGUUGGUGGAUGAGGUGCAGAUCGUGCUCCACAUAGCAGCCACUGUGCGUUUUAUGGAGCCCCUGCACAUAGCCCUGGCGGUGAACACAAGGGCCACCCGACUGAUGAUUCAGCUGGCCAAGGAGAUGCCCCACCUGGAGGCCUUUGUCCAUGUGUCCACCGCGUACUCCAACUGCGUCAUAGAGAACGUUAGUGAGCGCUUCUAUCCGGAGCACCUUACGUGCCCCGUCCAAAAGGUCCUGGAGCUGCAGGAGAGUCUUAGUCCGGAGAUGUUGGAUAGCAUGGCACCACUAAUGGGCAGGUAUCCCAAUACCUACACCUAUACCAAGGCUCUGGCGGAGCAGCUGCUGCAGCAGGAAUGGGAUCUGCCCAUCUGCAUCUUUCGUCCUGGCGUUAUAAUUGCCAGCUAUAAGGAACCAUGGCGCUGGAUCGACAACACCAACGGGCCCAUUGCAGUUCUGUACGGGGCAGCCUUUGGAGUACUCCGCAUCACAAGGCUCAAUGUGAAGGCCCAGGCUGGCAUUGUGCCGGGAUACUGCGUUAAUCUGGUGCUGACCUGUGCCUGGAACACGGCCCGGGAAAGUGUCAUCAAGCUGCCACCGGAGCCGCCCAUCUACAACUUGACGCCCACCGAUGACAAUCUGAUCACCUGGGGAUUCAGGGACAAGGCGGCGCGGCUGCGUUGCAAAUAUCCGCUGACCAAGAUGAUGUGGAUGCCCUUCCUGCACUGCACGACCACCCCUUGGUUGUUCCGGUUUCUGGUCUGGUUCUACCACCUGCUGCCCGGCUAUGCCAUCGACUUGGUGCUACGUCUACGAGGUCGCAAGCCGCGCAUGAUCAAGCUGUACGACAAGAUACACAAGAAUAUCGACAUACUGGCACCCUUUGUGGACACAACUGGCAUUUGAUAGCUCCAAACCCUCAGCUGUGGCGCAGCAUGUCUGCCGGGGACAAAAGCUCUACGAUUUCGACUUGGGCGUAUUGACUGGGACGAUUACUUCCUACAGGCCUUGUCCGGGAUUCGCAUUUACCUCGCCAAGGAGGACCGGGACAGGAGACCUGGACAGGGCCAAAAAAAUCUUGAGAAGGUUCAAAUUUCUCCAUCGGCUCCUGCAGUUCACUCUUUGUAGCGGUGCUGCCGCAUCUUGUGGUCCAUAUUAAUGCGAAUAUUUGGACUUUUUAUAUAAAGCAUCAAUCAACACACACUGGCACCCACGCAAAGGAAGUAUAUUAGCUGGCUUUAGUUUAAUUAAUUUAACUUUAAUAAAUGUUUUGGCUAAUGUGUAAA